AUGGCUACCACAAUUGAUUGGACCCAAUUUGAAGCAUUCGGCGGAACCUUGAAGAGGGAGACCAUCGUUGAUGAGCAAUAUGGGCCAGUUUCUGAUUCAAACGGUGGUAUCUCUGCCCUCAAGAAGCCAGACUUGAAGAGUAUUCGGCGGAGCAUUGGAAAGUUCAAAAAAUGGAUUGAUUUACUUCGAGACUCUGCCCCUGAAGCCUUAGAGCAUAUAUUCGGGCCCUUCAAAGACUCUGCAAAAGAGGUACUUCAAACAUUCUUUCCAGGAGAUGGAACUGUACUGCGAGUCCGUGAUAAGGAAAUUGCUGGCCAGGAACGUGAUGCAGAUCCUCUGAAUGUCAAAUUUGGCGCAAGCAGCCCUGUUCAGGAACUGGAAUUGGUGGAUGCCCCCUCUGCCUUGGCAUACCUAUUUUCAGUUGCAAUUCCACCACCGAAUCCGACAUGGAAUGAUUACUAUCUGCCCAUGCUGAUCCUUCUGAGCAAAUGCCUUUAUUUGGGGUUCAUUGAUAGCUCAGAAGAUGCUGGAUCAAAACCUUUGAAAUACAAAGAACGAUUGACUGGGGUACCGAUGAUGGCUUGCAUCAUGUAUACUGAGCGAGGCGAUCGUGAUUACAAUCGAUAUAUGUUUGGAAGCACAUUCGCUGUCAGAGCAAAAAGUGUCGGACCUGGUCGGAGUCUUACCGACAAACAGCAAGUACUUCUAGAUUCGUGGAGAAGAAGACUGAUGAACCGGACCCUAAAGUCGCCUGACCCGUUCUCUCCAUUUACCAGGCUGGCUCCUCUAUUCCUCAACCAGCUAUGUGGUGAUCUAUACAUCAGACUUGUUGGCAACAAAACAUUUAAUCAAAGUGCGACCAUAGCUUUUGAAACGAUCAAAGUUCUCCAAAUGGCGCUCACUCCAGGCCCCGCCGAAGAAAUUGAGCGACGGAGCUUAUACGCUAUAGUUGAGUUCAAGGAGAAGAUCGAAGUUUCACUAGUGGCUGCUAUCCAGGGUCGGUUCAACAGUACCUACUACGAGAAGGAAUACCGCUCCCAGCUGCGAUUCUUGCUCAAUGACUUCCUAGAGCUCACAAUCAUCCCGAAGCUUUUCCCAAAACGAGCUUCUGCGAAUGAUGGAUUUGAUCUCGCGAAUCAAAAACCAGAGCCUGCGACAGAUAAAUAUCUGGUUGCAAAGAAAAUUGCAAUGGAAUCAUUCUGGUCCACCGCUGUCGGAGCUAUAACCAAAGAAAUUGAUCAUUUGUUGUGGGACGUGGAAUUGGACAUAUUGACGCCCAACUGCUCCGUCUGGGGUCGUUGUGCAGAAACAUACUGCUUCAGUUGCAUCCUGUACGUUGAAACCUCCUUGCAAAAUCUACUUAUUGGGCUCUUGGGCUGA